AUGGCCAAGUACGGCGAAGGUGACAAGCGUUGGAUCGUGGAGGAAAGACUCGAUGAUGCUAACAUCUACAACUGGCACUGGGCUGAAACUGAUUGCCUCUCCUGGUCGAAAAUGUUCUUCACCAAAUCGCUUUCGGAUCUCACCAUUCUUGACGGCCAAGGCAAUCUUUGCAUCAAGACCAAGAAGGUCAAAAAGGUCGAUGACGAAGCCUAUGUUAAUACUCGUAAGGGUAAAGUCAUUCCCGGAUAUGAAAUCAGUUUGAGUGUAUCCUGGGAAGGCGAAGCCAAAGAUUGGGAAGGGAAGACGCUAUUGAAAGCUGAAGCUGAGCUUCUUCAUGCACGGGACAUGCAAGUAUCCCUUGAGUCUCUGGUCGAGGAAGGUAAUUUCUGCAAGGUUUGGCUAGGAAGAACUCUUCAAAAGCUGGACUCAGCUCUUGUUAGGAGUUUGUCAGGAGUUUAA